AUUUGUUUUGUAUAUCGUACUGUCUGCUAAUGGGAAGCGGGAAAUUUCGGUUUGAUCUUUUUGAACCUGAAAUAGCAGGUGUUUUAUUUAAUUGCAGUUAUAUUAACCUACCUUUCCAAAUUCCAGUUGUUUGCGAAGAAGUUAAUUAUCUUUUGACAAAAUGUGGAAAUACUUUUUUUUUUAAUCUAUCUUAUCCAGAUAUUUCAAGUCACCUCCAUGAUUGCUCUAUUAAUGCUAAAAUUGUAUUAGACUUAGCAUGGGAAAAAAUCAAUACUGGUCACUGGAAGGACGUUGAUGCAAAUUGGCGUUAUGUGUAUACCUUAGCAUCUUUAUUUAAAGUUUUAUGUCUUUUAGCUGAAAAGAGAAAUAAGACAGAUAUAAUAAAAGCAUGUGAUAUGGGACUUCUGAUGGGUGCUCCACUUAUGCAAAAUAUUUUGAGUAAAAUUGCUGCAAAAUUAACUGAUAUGCUCCUAAAAGAAAGAGGUUGUGCAAAGAAGAUAAAAAGAAUAAAACUAUCACCUGAAUCAGAAGGCUUAAAGCUUAUACAUAAUAUUUCAAGAAAAAAUUCAGUUUCACAUGAUGAGUUUUAUAAAUUAUAUGUAGCAAAAAAAGAACCAGUUUUAUUGUUAGAUGCUAUUAAAGACUGGCCUGCUUUCGGAACUAAUCGUUGGAGCGUUGAAUGUAUUUUAAACAAAGCAGGCUAUAGAACAGUACCUAUUGAAAUUGGUUCUAAAUAUACUGAUGAUAACUGGACUCAGAAAUUGAUGACUGUAGAAGAUUUUGUUGAAAGUUAUAUUUGGAAUAAAUCGUGCCAGAAGGAGAUUGGUUACUUGGCUCAGCAUAAUAUAUUUGAUCAAAUACCUGAGCUUUUUGACGACAUUGCAAUUCCUACUUAUAUAACCACCACAGAAGUUGAUAUUAGUAUAUACUUUGGUCCUGGUGGUACAAUAUCACCUCUACACUUUGAUCCCAAGCACAAUCUUUUAGCUCAAUAAUGGGUUUCAUCCAUCCCCCAAAGUGUACAUUCAACAAAGACCUACAGAAGGAAUACCCGUUUAUUGAAAAAACUGUAAGCGAUUCUUGUGUAUGGUGCAAUACUUUGCUGUGAACAUCUUCAAAAUUAUCAUGGUGGACGUACAGAUAUUAAAGUUGAUAAACAUAAAAUGUCAAACUGUACUGCUGCGUCUACCUCAUCUUUAAAGAAUUUCUUCAAGUAGGAGAAAACUGCGUCAUAAAGAAGAAUUAGCUGCUGUAGAAAGUACUUUUGCAUACCAUACUAUUUGCCACAACCAUAGUUUUAGGUGUAUGGAUUGUAAGUCCAAGCCGCUCCAAGUGGCAUUUCAGCCUAAAUUUAAAUUUGUGCAAACCAAGGCCAAAGCAAUAAUACUAAAUGUUUUUAUGACUUAAGAGUUUUGCUUAAUGAUUUGGAAAACUGUUCAUUUUGUUUCAGUCAUAACUGAUGCAUCCAAUCACAAGGAAAUAUAACUUUUUCCAGUACUUUGUUAGAUUUACACUAAAUUAGAUUAAGGAGCUACAGUAAAGUUUUUUAAAUUUAAAUUCUUAUCUGGGGAAAUAUCUGAUAUUGCAGCAACUAUUUAACUGCCUAACUACCUGUUGUGAAGAAAAUAAUUUUAAAGAAUGGUCUUUGUGCUGAUAAUACGAAUUCUAACUUUGGAGAAGCUUUGUGGAGAAAAUAAUGUUUUUUUAAACUGAAAUGAAACUGUAACAAUAGUUUAAUUGGAGUCCAAUGUAACACUUUAAGAACAUCAGCUGUGUUUUGCUAUUUUGCUAUUUGAUAUACAUGAUUAUUUCUAAGAUAUAUUUUAAAUACUGUACUCUUAGAGUAGAAACAUUGAAAAAUUUCUGCAACUUCGUAGAAGCCAAUUUUUCAGUGAUCCUGGAGUAUUCACAAACAAGAUGCUUAUUGUUACUUUUUGCCAUUAAAAGAGUACUCCAAAUGUUUUUACCACUUAAGGUUUAUUUUCAAUUUCAAACAAAGUGUCUCAAGCUUAUUUCAAAAUUGUUUGUAUAUCUAGUGGCAGAAGCUUGGUAACGUUUUAUUAACACUUAGGCUUCAGUACAUAAAAUUAUCACAAUAAUUGAAAAUCAGACUACAUGUGCAUUUGAUGUAAUUGUUUCAGUAGUCGAUCUUAAAGCUUCAGUAAAUGAGCAAGAUGAGCAAGACAGAGGACAACUUUAUUCCAAUAAAUGUUAAAAAAAAACUCUAGAAAAACUUGAAUGGAGAUGUAUCAUGAAAUAAAAUUAUUGAAUUUUGAGAAGCUAUUGUUUCAUUUUAUCAGACUGCUCUUAGUUAUUUGGAGAAACAGACAAAAAAAAAUAUUUCAGGAGAUGGAAAUGACAAAAUCCAUUCACGGAAAUUGUAAACACUGAAUCGCAAUAAAUCAAAUUUUUUCUUGGAGUCAAGCUGAAACAGCCUUUUUGUUAAUUAAUAAAAUAAUACCAAAUCAUAAACUAUUGGAAAUUGAUAUGUCUGAGGAGUAUGCUUGCCUUAAACAAUAUAUCACAGAAGAAAAAAUAAGAUGUGCCCAGCUCAGAGGUGGAUGGAAAUAACUACAUAUUUUAAUAAGAACCAGAUUCCUGCUCAAAUGUUUUAAAAUGGCCAGAGUUUUUCUUUUGUUUUCCUUGCACUAAUGCUGCAGCUGAGCGAGUAUUUAGUAUUAUGAACAGUUUUUGGACUAGUGAUAAGGUACAGCUUAAAGUGGACAUUUUGAAGGGUAUAUUUAUCAUCAAAAUAAAGUUUGAUGAAAAUUGCAGGAACCUUAAGAAGAUCAAAGAAAAAGAUAUUGUUACAUUUUUCUUUUCCUUCACGUUUGUACGUGGUUCGUAGAUUUGGAGUGAAUAACGAUGACACUUGAUAAAGUAUUGAAACACACUUUAUUAGUCAGUAUUGUCAGGACAGCUC